AUGUCCCUGCAGGCUGACUUUGACCAGGCCGCACAAGACGUGAGGAAGCUGAAAAGCAGACCUGAAGAUGAAGAGCUCAAAGAACUCUAUGGGCUCUACAAACAGUCCAUCAUCGGAGACAUCAACAUUGCAUGCCCAGCAAUGUUAGAUUUGAAGGGCAAGGCCAAGUGGGAAGCAUGGAGCCUCCAGAAAGGAUUGUCGAAGGAAGAUGCCAUGAGUGCCUAUAUUUCUAAAGCAAGAGAGUUGAUUGAGAAAUAUGGAAUCUAGAAUUUGACAGAGGAGACAGAUUUCCUGUGGAAGCCUUCAUAACAGCAUCAUGAUGUUUAGGGGGAAAUGUAUUGGUAGCUCCAUAAAUCAUGUAUAUUUUUCCUAUGAGUCACAAUACUUAGGACUAUGUUAACAUAGUUACCUAAUUUUACUUUCUUGUGCAAGGUGGCUAUUCAA